AUAAUAUUUAGUGAGAGUGAGAGGAAUAGCCAAUGAAAGGUUGCCACCGAGAAACAUGAGUCGGUUACUAAGCACACCUGUUUCUCUUUCUGUCUGCCUCUCUGUGCUAAACGACAAUUAUCAGGCGACACGCACUUCCAUUCUCUUCUCUCUAAUUGGUGCUUUACUGAUAGCAGUUAGUACUAUAUGUGCUUAGUGCAAGCUAGCGCUUGGUUCUACCUUGAAGCUCUACAUUCUGUGUUUGUUUGAUGGUGUUUGGUUGAGUGGGAGAAUGUUAGAGGCAAGGGUGGGUGCAACAAUUUUGAUGUGGAUGGUGGCAUCAUAUUCAUGUCCCAUGGGAGAAUCAGCAAUAGGAGUGAACUGGGGUACUGUUUCUUUGCACAAGUUGAAACCUUCCACGGUGGUUGGUCUCUUGAAAGAUAACAAGAUUCCAAAAGUGAAGGUUUUUGAGGCAGAGGCUGAUGUGCUUAAGGCUCUCAUGGGGAGUGGGAUUCAGAUCAUGCUUGGGAUUCCCAAUGAGAUGUUGUCUCUCUUGAGUACUUCUCCUGCUUCUUCUGAUUUGUGGCUUCGCCAGAAUGUUUCUGCUUAUAUGGGCAAAGCUGGUGCUGAUAUCAGGUACAUUGCUGUUGGAAAUGAACCAUUCCUGACGAGUUACAAUGGUCAAUAUGAGAACUUGGUGAUGCCAGCUAUACAAAAUCUACAGCAAUCUCUAGUGAAAGCAAAUCUUGCUGGUUACAUCAAACUAGUUGUCCCCUGCAAUGCAGAUGCGUACGAGUCAUCACUUCCUUCCCAAGGUGCAUUUCGCCCUGAACUCACUCAAAUCAUGACUCAGCUGGUUCAGUUCCUCAACUCAAACGGUGCCCCAUUUAUUGUUAAUAUCUACCCAUUCCUCAGCCUCUAUGACAAUGGAGAUUUCCCACAAGACUAUGCAUUCUUUGAGGGAACCACUCAUCCUGUCACAGAUGGUAACAAUGUCUACACCAAUGCAUUUGAUGGAAACUAUGACACUUUAGUUGCAGCCCUGAGUAAACUUGGAUAUGGUCAAAUGCCUAUAGUUAUCGGGGAAAUUGGUUGGCCCUCAGAUGGAGCCAUUGGUGCAAAUAUCACUGCAGCAAAGGUUUUCAAUCAAGGUCUAAUCAGUCAUGUUCUAAGUAACAAAGGGACCCCUUUGAGGCCAGGUGCCCCUCCUAUGGACAUAUAUAUCUUCAGUUUGCUUGAUGAAGGAGCAAAGAGCAUUCUGCCAGGGGGGUUUGAAAGACAUUGGGGGAUAUUCUCUUUUGAUGGCCAAGCUAAGUACCCGCUAAACCUUGGUCUUGGAAACAAGGAGUUGAAGAAUGCAAAGAAUGUUCAGUAUCUUCCAUCUAGAUGGUGUGUGGCAAGCCCCUCUAGUGAUACUCAAAAUGUAGCAAACUAUAUGAGAAUUGCAUGCAGUGUGGCGGAUUGCACCACUCUUGGUUAUGGAGGCUCGUGUAAUGGAAUUGGAGAGAAGGGUAACAUCUCAUAUGCUUUUAACAGUUACUAUCAGCUGCAAAUGCAAGACUCACGAAGCUGCAAUUUUGAUGGGCUUGGUAUGAUCACUUCCCGAGACCCUUCGGUUGGUGACUGUCGUUUUCUUGUGGGAGUCACAGAUAAAGGUUCUGAUUCAUCUGCAUCUCAGUCUCAGAUUAUAUAUCGAUGGUGGGUUCUAGUGGCACUUUUAAUAUUACAGAUGAUCUUUCCUCUUUCAAUGUGAUUCAAAGGUUUCAUUAGUGGGUUUUUCAUUGUCCCCUUUUCGACAACUUAGAAGUACUAGUCACAAGUAGAAUAGCUGGAUAUAAGUCUAUUCAAAAAGGGAAAAAAAAAAAAAAAAAAAAAAAGAGAUCUGAUAAAAAUGUGGGCAAAUAAUACCAUGACACCAAAGUAGAAUAAUAAUAGUAUAUUAGAAAAUAUUCAACUGCAUUCUUGGUUUGUAAGCCAGCAUAGGACUUAGUUGUUGUAUCAUAAUAGAAUACAAAAGAUGAUGAUGAUCUGAACACCAAAGUAUUCAAUAUUACACACCAUUUAUCA